GUUUAAAAGUGAAAGUAUGACUUAAAACUAGACUACGGAUUUGAUUACCAGAAAUAUUAAGAGGUUCUGCAAAAUAACAUGACGGACAAGAAUACCUAUCUUGUUUAUUAGUUGGUAUAUAUAGAUUAAUCUUUGGUAUUAUCAAGGAGCCACGGAUUUGUGUUCGAGCGAGUUCUUCAAGACGGUGGUGGAGUUCUUGCUCUGGUUCUUCAAGACGGACGCCUCGCUAUCAGAGCCGGGGGCCCGGGGCCGUGGGCGUAGGUAGUCCAUCCCCGCUUGUCGCCGUUAGGAUCCGGCUGUCCGAGACGCCGCUGUAGGGGCCGUGGCCCUGGCCGCUGGCUCCUACUCAUCGAUCGACCGCUACAAGGCCGAGUCGGGAUUCGUACGUUUUGAAGGAAAACCGAGUCAGGGUCGAAGCAGAAUAUAUAAACCGUCCUGAUCGCUGAGUCCAUCAACCAUCGAUCGUUGAUCCAGCAGCGCAACCGGUCUGGCGAUCGAUCAUGGCAGACGACCACGGCGACGGCGACCGCACCGACGAUUAUCCGUGCAAGGAUAAUUUGCAUCGCCAUUCUCAGGUUGCAGUCUCACGCGCCGCUUCAAAGGGGAGGUAUGCAAGGUUUAAAGAGAAUUUGAAUGCCAAGGCAGAGGAGACAAAGCAACACCACCAUCAAGUUGCCGUCUCAUGCGCCCCUUCAAAAGGGAGGAGUCGAGCUGGUUGGAUGUCCAAGGAGAGGAGCACUCCUGAAGGUAUCAACAUGAAGGAACAUGGUUGGAGGUUUCGGUUCCCUUUCCCUGAACUCCCGAAGUCGACUUACCAUGGUGACCUGAAUUCCCUUGGAAGGCCAGUUGUAAUGAAACAAAGGAAACCUCUGGAGGUGAGGAAUGCUCGCCGUGAAAGAAGAGUCGCGGCAAAACAAAAGGCUGCACGCUACCACGCGGAGGUGGCCCUGCGUAAAUACAAUAGAGCAAACAACACCAAGUUUGAACUGGUGGAGGUAAAAGUGAUAUCUAUAUUUUCCGAGUUUGGAGGAGCCGGGGCCCAUUAUAACUUCACAGCUAAGCAGCCUGAGGACCAGCAUUCUGCUGAUGCCGACAAUACCUUGCUAUUCUUCUCUGAAGUUAACCUCGACUUUCGGAGUGAGAAUGAUGUGAUCAUGUGCUGUAUAGUUGGGGAAAAUGACGCAGGCCAUUGCUAUGGAUGCGAAAACUAUCAGCCUGUUAUUCACCCAAGCAGCCAAGCAUAUGGCGGCGGUAGUAGUACUUGUAUUGACUACCCGUAUCCGGACAGCGAGAGCUCAGACAGCGAUUAGUAAUGUAGCACUUGAAGCUGCUUGGUGGCUACCGCUGGCUUGUUUCCGCGGAGUAAAUGAAGUUGAGAGACGUAUCGUGGGAUGGAAAACUAGGUGUUGUGAAUAAUCAGAUAAUGUCAUAUUUGCUCUCGUGGUUUGCUGCUAGCCUUUGGAGAAUAUAUGCUGCAAUGAGUAAAUGAGGUUUUAAUUGAAUGUUGUUGUGUCAUCCGACAGUGUCAUAUUUCCUCUCUCAAUUCGAUUACACUUGCAACU